UUCAUCAGGUGCUGGGGGCGCGUCUGCAAAGUGGGAAGCGGGUUUCAAUUUCAAACCCAAACAGUUCGAGUGACGAUGAGCCAGUGGGUUGUGGGAUAACGUUAAAAUCAAAUAGUUAUCGUGUUUAGAAUUUGUAACGUUAUUCAAACAUAAACCAGAACGGUGUCGUUAUCACCGGCCGUGGUUAACGUUAGUCUACAGAGAAUCCGCGGAAAAAAAAGUCGCCCGCCGCGUCUUCGCUCCAGUUUUCCGCGCCUGGUAUUUGGAUGACAAACCGACGCUUGGCUUGUUUGCAGCAGGUGUUGACCAAUCCGGACAUUGCACUACAUUAAAACUACUACUGUGUUUUAAUUCAUAUAUCUUAUAUAGCAAGCCAUUUCUGCAAGAAACAUGCCGAGGUCCAACAGGCAAAAAGAAUACAAACCUGGAGAUCUUGUAUUUGCUAAAAUGAAGGGGUAUCCUCACUGGCCUGCGAGGAUUGACGAGUUACCUGAAGGAGCUGUGAAGUCCCCCUCAAACAAGUACCAGGUGUUCUUUUUUGGGACGCAUGAGACGGCGUUCCUCGGGGCCAAAGAUUUGUGCCUGUACGAUGAAAAUAAAGAGAAGUUUGGAAAAGCAAACAAGAGGAAAGGCUUCACUGAGGGACUCUGGGAGAUUGAGAACAAUCCCACCGUCACGCAUGAAGGCUACGAGUCAGCGAAGAAGGAAAACGCGUCGGAAGGAGCAGGGGAUACAGGCAGUUCAAAGAAAGUCGAUGCCGAGGGCAGCAGUGAUGAGGAUGAAGGGGCCCUGGUCAUCGACGAGAAGAAUGAGAGGGGAGGAACUAAACGAAAAGCAGAGGAGUCCACAGAGGCAUCACCCAAGCGGCCGAAGGACACAGAGGCAGAAGGUGAUUCUAAAGUAGACUGCAACAAGUCUAACGUGGAGGCCAAGCUCAACGAUGUGACUGGACCCAAGGUAACUGCUCCCUCCUCUCAGAGCGAGUCAAAAGCAGAGGCCCAGGAAAAGGCUCCAGCAGGAGGCCAGCUAACACCAGAUAAGCCUGUGACAGACAGCGCUUAACGUCAAUUCUCAGAAGAAAACCAAGAACCUUUGAUGCUUUUCUCUGGAAUUUAAGCAUCAACACGAUCAUUUGCAGGAUGCCAGCUAUCAGCUGUUUAAUUAAUAGGAGAAUUUUAAAAACCUAAGUGUUUGUAUUGAGAGACAAACAAAUCCUCAUUUGCCAUUUUUGGGAUAUCAUAUAUCCCAGAAAUAAAACGUUUGCUAAUCUGAUUUCAAACAAUUUAACUGGGCACUUUAAUGCUCAUUUAUAAAUGGAUUUUGGUGUGUAUAUAUUUUUUAUUUCUAAGUGCAAUUACAUAAUUACGAAGACUGAAUGCUAGGUGUCAAAAAAAAAUCAGUUCAGAGGGAAUAAAACACUGAAUAUAAUAUAU